UGGAUGUUAGCUCAGCCCCAUUCAUUUAUGUCCUAUCUGAGCUAAUAGACAGAUGUGCAACAUUUAAUAGAUCAUGGGCCAUUCAAACCGAGAUACUACGUGUGGACUUUUUGGUUGGCGGCCAGCAUGUCUGCAGCCAUUAGCUUCCAAAAAGGUGUACAUGGUCUUGUAUGGGAUCUUGGUGAUUAUUCAAUCUAUGCUCUUUACGUACCUCUCCGCCACGUUAAGUACGCUGGAGAAAAAGUUCGGGAUCAAAUCUAAAGAGGCGGCCUAUAUCAUGUCUGGUAACGAGAUCAGUCAAUUCCUUUUCAUCUUUGCCUUGCCUUUCAUCGUCAAGGCGAAGCGAAGGCCAUUGUGGACCUCAUUGGGAUUGGUAUGCACCGGAAUUGGGUGCUUCCUGAUGGCCUUGCCUCAUUGGUUAUCUCCUGUGGCGGAAGUUUUGGAGCUGGAGGAGCUGGAAUUCCAAAGAAACCAUUCCUCAACGGCUGGCCUUUGUGGUAGUGUCUAUCAUCCAGCUUCUCUGGAAGGAUCGUGCGAUGCCGAGGGCAACAGAAAUAUCGAUCUCGUCGGCCUAAUCAUUGUGUUCAUUGGUAUUGUUCUUACCGGCAUUGGAAAUUGUGUCUUCUGGAGCUUCGGGAUCGCUUACCUGGAUGACAACUCUGGGCAUGGAAACUCGCCCAUCAUGCUUAGCAUCACGUACACAUUCAGAUUGUUGGGUCCCACUCUCGGGUUCUUGUUGGCAUCAUUUUGCUUGAAGACUUUUGUUAACCCUGGCGUUGAUCCUGGAUAUGAUGAGACAGAUCCAAGAUGGGUUGGAGCAUGGUGGUUGGGCUAUCCAAUCAUUGGAGCCCUGAUUCUGGUUUUCGCCUUCCCAUUGGCAUUCUUCCCUCAAAGAUUACCCAAAGAAGGAACAGACGCCGAUCGCAAGGAGAAAGAGGACCUCAUGAAGUCGGGUCUCAAUGAGUUCAUGAACACCAACAGUUUCCGAGCCUCAAUCAUGCGACUGUUGAAAAACAAGCUCUUCAUGUACAACUUUUUCUCAUCCAUAUUUUAUGCGUUCGCGUUCAUGGGCUUUGGAACAUUCAUGCCCAAAUACAUUGAGUUCCAAUUCCGUAUCACUGGGUCCAAUUCAUCGACCUAUGCUGGUGGUAUUGGAACAGGAUCCAAGGCCAUGGGGUUGCUCAUCUCAGGCUUCUUAAUUGCCAAGUUCAAGCCCAGUGCCCGAUUUCUCUCAGGAUACAGCGUUGUGUUGGGAUUGAUUUUCUUCGGGGUUCUCAUCGCGAUUUCCACAUUAGGUUGUCCAACCUCGAUGGUACAUGGUACCAUGGGUGAAAACGGGAUCAUCGAUAUCAAAUCAUCGUGCAACAAUGAGUGUGAAUGCCCAUCUUCCAGGUUGGAACCCAUUUGUUCCAAAGAUGGGACGACCAAUUUCUACUCACCCUGCCAAGCCGGCUGUUUGUCCAAAAGAUCCUUUACCCCUAACAAAAAAGAAGGAGACGAAGAGGACCCCAAGGACACUUUGGUCUUUGAGGAUUGCUCUUGUGUCCAGGAGGCAUGGAACCAAUCGAAUUUCAAGUACUCCCGCGAUUGGAUCUUAAAUGACUUCUUCCCCGGGCAAGAGCACAUAACAGAUGAUCUGAUCACCGCCAAGAUGGAAGAAGUGGAUCCAAUUCCAAUCGAUAGCGCCUUCAAAGGCUGGUGUCCCGUGGAUUGUGGAAAUGUGUUUGCCACUUUUGGGAUCACCAUGUUUGUCGUUAUGAUACUGGGCAGCACUGGACGAAUUGGCAAUAUGUUGGUGGCCUUACGUUGCAUUGAGAUCAGGGACAAGUCUUUGUCUGUGGCCUUCAACGUGAUCUUCUUGUCCCUUUUGGCUAUGUUACCUGGUCCCGUUGUGUAUGGAUUUCUGAUCGAUAACAUUUGUAUCUUGUGGCAAGAAGAAUGCGGUGAACCCACAAAUUGUCUCUUGUAUGACUCGGAUCAGCUCCGAUUGGUCUUAAUGCUGACCACGGCCGGAAUUAUGUUUAUUGGGGUUCUUUUUGACAUUGGUGUGUGGUACCAUUCAAAGGGGUUGGUCAUUUUUUACGAAGAAGAGGACACCAAGUCAAGCUCGAACGAAGUCCGUCACGAUUCGAAGGAUGAUGUUCAGACCAUGGAACGUUAUGCCUCCUCACUGUCGAUCAAUGCUUCGUGUAAAAAUGCUCUGGCUGCAGGGCCCACUCAUUAGCAUUUAACGCAUGAUGUUCUCUAUCUUUAGCUUGCAGUUUUUGUACACAUGAGUAAUUUCCAUCUUUUCUGAAGUACUUCUGUCAACUGGUCUAGACAAAAUGAAUUAUUAACCUGAGAAAACGAUCAUCAUUCUUUUGCAUCAUGAGUGACCAUGAUUGCCAUUUGAAUGUACCAUAUGACAACAUUCGUACGUAUGUUAGUUAACGUGAAUCAAAUUCGGACCUUUUCAUGCCCAUUUUGAAAACCUUGGACAAUGACAUCACAAGCGUAAUUGGUCUGAUAUCCUUCUUCUUUCAUUUGACGUUUUUUUUGCAACUAGGGUUCUCUGCAGAAAAGUGCGAGCAUGAAAAGAGACCCAUGACGGGCACAGCCUU